AUGCCGAAUUUAGAUGACCUGUUCGUCCACAUCGGAAAUUACGGACCAUACCAAAGGAGAAUCACUGUCCUCGGAUCUCUGCCGGUGCUGACCUUCGCGUUCGUCCUCGUAGGAGUCGUGUUCUUGGGGAACACUCCCGUGCACUGGUGCCGGACCUCCGGGACAGAGCGCAUCCAGGAUGAAUGUGACUGGACAGACAAGGAGCUGCGUGAACUCACCGUCCCGCUGUUGGAUGAGUCGGGGCAGGGCGCAUUGGGCGCCUACAGCCGCUGCCAGAGGUUCGAUGUGGCCUGGAAGUUCUGGAACGGCAGCCAGAGCAACUGCAGUGACCUCACCGACUGGCCCUUGAUUUCUAAUCUCACCCAGUUACCGGUAGUCGCGUGCGACAGAGGCUGGGUGUUUGAUCCGUCUCGCACUACUAUCGUUUCAGAGGUAAAUUUGGUCUUCAAAAACCCCCGCAGUAGGAAUGAUGUGGGAGGUUUUGUGCUCCGUUCUGUACCGGCUCCUGCUUUGACGGUUCUGUUAUUGUGGUCUGUCUUGUUUUUGUCUUUGAUAGUCAUUGAGUUCUUUGGCUCAAACAACCGGAAGUUUGUCUCAUUGGUGUCCCGUACCUUUUAUUCCACUGGGAUGGCCAUCCUCCCUCUCUUGGCAUACUUCUUGCCCUUCUGGAAAACCCUGCAGCUGGCCAUGAGACUCCCCUGCUUCAUCUUCAUCACUUACUUUUGGGUCAUUCCAGAAUCUCCUCGCUGGUUGUUGUCACAACGAAGAACCAAAGAGGCUAUGAGGAUCGCUAAAAACAUUACCAAGUGCAAUAAGAGAACUGUCCCGGAGAAUUUUAGAGAGGUGGCCUACUUUUGAUUUCUGAAACAUCUUGUUGAGAAGCAGGAGCAGGAGGCAGAGAUAAGUCGUCCGUCAUUCAUGGAUCUGUUUAGGACGUCCAACAUGAGGAAAAACACUCUGAUCCUCAUCUACGCUUGGUUCACGAGCGCAGUGGUUUUCCAAGGGCUGGUUCUCCACCUGGCGAUCACUGGAAACAAUAUCUUCCGGGAUUUCUUCAUCUCUGCAGCCGUGGAGCUGCCCACCGGCCUCAUCUUCUACCUGUUGGUGGACAGGGUUGGACGGAGACCUCUCAUGGCUGUGUCUAACUUCAUAGGAGGAGUCGCCUGCCUCAUAGUGCCCUUCGUCUCAGUAGACUAUCUGUGGCUGAAGAAAGCCAUAGCAAUCAUUGGGAGGCUUUCUGUCACCAUUGGAUUUGAGACCGUCAAUUUUGCCAACUCUGAGCUGUAUCCAACACCUCUCAGGGUGGUGUCUGCUGCAGAGGCCAGUGCUGAUGAGGUGGUGCAUAGUGAAGGGCGGGACCUCCAGCUGGAGGAGGGGCCAGACCUCCACUUCCCCUUGCUGCUCUCUGAGGAUGGCUAA